AUGAGAACAUAUGUGGAGAGUUUGUGGGUUUUUGGUCUAGCUUCUAAAUAUAAAUCCUUCACUUCCCUAAACUCCAUAUUUGUUGCAUUACUCUUUGUAAUAGCAUGGUUAUUCUUGAAUUUGGUUUUUUGGGCACACCCGGGCGGUCCUGCUUGGGGCAAGCAUAAAUGGAGAAAAUCAAAAACCAAUUCAAAAACUAUACCCGGUCCAAGAGGUGUUCCUAUUAUCGGCAGCAUGAAACUCAUGGCCGGUUUAGCACACCGGAAAAUUGCGGCCACAGCAGAAACUUGUCAAGCCAACGCAGACUACCGCAAAUCGGAACCGGAAACAAGAGUGAUAGUUACAUGCAAACCAGAUGUAGCAAAAGAGAUUUUGAACAGUUCAGUUUUUGCUGAUCGUCCUGUAAAAGAAUCUGCAUACAAUCUUAUGUUCAACAGAGCUAUUGGAUUUGCUUCCUAUGGUGUUUACUGGCGAACCCUCAGAAGAAUCGCCACUACACAUCUGUUUUCUCCUAAACAAAUUAAAGCUUCCGAAUCUCAGAGAUUUGAAAUUGCUAAUCAGAUGGUGGCAAUGUUUAAUGCACAAAAAGAUGAUACUAUUCGUGUUAAGGAUGCAUUGAAAUUAGCUUCUCUUAAUAACAUGAUGUGCUCUGUGUUUGGACGAAAAUACAGUCUCGAAUCUUACAAUUCUGAGUUAAGAAUACUGGUUGAUGAAGGGUACCAGCUAUUGGGUACAGUCAAUUGGUCCGAUCACCUUCCUUGGUUGGCUGAUUUUGACGUACAAAACAUCAGAUUCCGGUGCUCCAAGCUCGUGCCUAAAGUAAAUUCCUUCGUCCGUCGUAUUAUUGAUGAACACAAGGCUGAAACCACCAAACUCCACCGUGAUUUUGUCGAUGUUUUGCUCUCUCUAAAUGGUUCUGAUAAAUUAUCCGACUCCGAUAUGAUCGCCGUACUCUGGGAAAUGAUAUUUAGAGGCACGGAUACUGUGGCAGUGUUGAUAGAAUGGAUACUAGCCAGAAUGGUGAUGCACCCUGAUGUUCAAUCAAGGGUUCAUAAUGAGCUGGACAAGGUUGUCGGAAAGUCACGUGCGCUGGCAGAGUCUGAUUUAACGGAAAUGGUGUAUUUACAUGCGGUAGUAAAGGAAGUAUUAAGAUUACACCCACCGGGCCCACUCCUAUCCUGGUCACGUUUAGCGAUAACGGACUCGACCGUCGACGGCUAUCACGUGCCAAAGGGUACCACUGCAAUGGUAAACAUGUGGGCCAUCAUGAGGGACCCAGAGGUUUGGGUGGACCCACUGGAAUUUAAGCCUGAGAGGUUUAUGAAUGAGGGUGAGCAUAUGGAUGUGUGUGUUUUGGGGUCAGAUUUGAGGCUUGCACCGUUUGGGUCAGGUCGGAGGGCCUGCCCUGGUAAGACCUUUGGCCUAACCACGGUUACAUUUUGGGUUGCUUCGCUUUUGCAUGAAUUCGAGUUUAUGCCUUGCAAUGAAAUGAGUGUGGACUUGUCUGAGGUGCUCAAGCUCUCUUGUGAAAUGGUUAACCCGUUAUCGGUUAGGGCCCGACCCAGGAGGGUUCCCCUCUCAAGUUCAGUUUGUUAG